AUGGACACGGCCUCGUCCCCGCCCAGUGCUGAGAGGAAGCGCGCGGGUUGGGGCCGCCUGCUAGGCGCCCGGCGGGGCAGCGCGGGACUGGCCAAGAAGUGUCCCUUCUCAUUGGAGCUGGCCGAAGGUGGCCCGGCGGGCAGCACGGUCUAUGCGCCCAUCGCGCCAACCGGAGCCCCGGGGCUCGCGCCCCCCAUGUCGCCCCCUGUGUCGCCCGCCCCGGCCCCUGCAGACCUCGGCCCACGUCCGAGGGUGAGCCUUGACCCGCGCGUCUCCAUCUACAGUGCGCGCCGUCCGCUGCUGGCGCGCACCCACAUCCAGGGCCGCGUCUACAACUUCCUCGAGCGCCCCACGGGUUGGAAGUGUUUCGUGUACCACUUCACUGUCUUCCUCAUUGUUCUGGUCUGCCUCAUCUUCAGUGUCCUGUCCACUAUUGAGCAGUAUGCCGCUCUGGCCACCGGGACCCUCUUCUGGAUGGAGAUUGUCCUUGUGGUGUUCUUUGGGACAGAGUAUGUGGUCCGCCUCUGGUCUGCAGGGUGCCGAAGCAAGUAUGUGGGCAUCUGGGGCCGGCUACGCUUUGCCCGGAAGCCCAUUUCCAUCAUUGACCUUAUCGUGGUUGUAGCCUCUAUGGUUGUCCUCUGUGUGGGAUCCAAAGGACAAGUGUUUGCCACAUCAGCUAUCAGGGGUAUCCGCUUCCUUCAGAUCUUGCGGAUGCUGCAUGUUGAUCGCCAGGGGGGAACCUGGAGGCUCCUGGGCUCUGUAGUCUUCAUUCACCGCCAGGAGCUGAUCACCACCCUAUACAUUGGCUUUCUGGGUCUUAUCUUCUCCUCCUACUUUGUCUACCUGGCUGAGAAAGAUGCAGUGAACGAGUCCGGCCGCAUUGAGUUUGGCAGCUACGCAGAUGCUCUGUGGUGGGGGGUGGUCACAGUCACCACCAUUGGCUAUGGGGAUAAGGUACCCCAGACAUGGGUUGGGAAGACCAUCGCCUCCUGUUUCUCUGUUUUCGCCAUAUCCUUCUUUGCACUCCCAGCGGGGAUUCUUGGCUCUGGGUUUGCACUGAAGGUCCAGCAGAAGCAGAGGCAGAAGCACUUCAACCGGCAGAUCCCAGCUGCAGCCUCACUCAUCCAGACUGCAUGGAGGUGCUAUGCUGCUGAGAAUCCUGACUCAUCCACAUGGAAGAUCUAUGUCCGGAAGCCUGCUCGGAGUCACACUCUGCUGUCCCCCAGCCCCAAGCCUAAAAAGUCUGUGAUGGUAAAGAAGAAGAAGUUCAAGCUGGAUAAGGAUAACGGGAUGAGUCCGGGAGAGAAGAUGUUCAAUGUCCCUCACAUCACUUAUGAUCCCCCAGAGGAUCGGAGGCCAGACCAUUUCUCUAUUGAUGGCUAUGACAGCUCAGUAAGGAAGAGCCCUACACUGCUGGAAGUAAGCACACCCCAUUUCUUGAGAACAAACAGCUUUGCUGAGGACCUGGACCUGGAAGGGGAGACACUGCUGACCCCCAUCACCCAUGUAUCACAGCUGCGGGAUCACCAUCGGGCCACCAUCAAGGUCAUCAGGCGCAUGCAGUACUUUGUAGCCAAGAAGAAAUUUCAGCAAGCACGAAAGCCCUAUGAUGUGCGGGAUGUCAUCGAGCAGUACUCGCAGGGCCACCUCAACCUUAUGGUGCGCAUUAAAGAACUACAGAGAAGGCUGGAUCAGUCCAUUGGGAAGCCAUCUUUGUUCAUCCCUAUCUCAGAAAAGAGCAAAGACCGUGGCAGCAACACCAUCGGGGCCCGUCUGAACAGGGUGGAAGACAAGGUGACACAACUGGACCAGAGAUUGGUGAUCAUCACAGAUAUGCUCCACCAGCUGCUGUCCCUGCAACAAGGUGGUCCAACCUGCAACAGCAGGUCACAAGUUGUACCCAGAGAUGAAGGUGGCUCCAUCAACCCUGAGCUCUUCCUGCCCAGCAACAGCCUGCCUACCUACGAACAGCUGACUGUGCCCCAGACAGGCCCUGAUGAGGGCUCCUGAAGGAGCUCAGAAGGGAGGUCCAGGGUUACCCCCCCCAAUAAGUCUGCCCCACCUCCCUCUCAACAGGGGCACCUACCUGGUUCUUACCCCUUGAAGGCCUGAUAUGACUGCCUAGCUCCCUAAGGCCCCAAAACUCAUGGAUCAAGCCACUGGCCUGAACCUGGAGCUCACCAAUACCCCUCUGACCAGCCAGUGGGAACUAGAACUCGGCUGAGCAUGGGGUUCCUCUCAGGCCCCUAACAAGAUGGUGAUGAUGCUCUUCUGAUGGCUAGGACAGAAGGAUGGGGACUAUAUGUGGAGAGCAGGUUGCAACUCAGGCAGAGGGAAGCCCAUCCAGGUGAUGCCAAAUGGCUUCCUAAAGGCAGACAGGAAAAAUCUGGAUGAGACUGAGGUUUCCACCCUCAGCCCUGAAUCCAGAGCCCAGCAGGGAGCAGGCAAUGCGGGACAGGCCCAGCCCACACUAACUACAGGCUGUAGCCCAGUUGGGGCUCAGCAGGCCAGAGCCUGACUCCUUCACUCUCUAGUGAUGUUGACCACAUCAGGAUACUAGAGGGAUUUCCAGCUUCCCCCGAAGGAUAUCCCAAGCAGGGGAAUGUCCACUGUCCACCCUAGCCAGGUAUGGACUGACAACUUCUCCCCUACAGUGAAGAGCAGGGCCCUCAAGCCCUGUGAGCCCCACGUGUGCAGCCUGCCCCCUCCUUGCUGGUCAGAGGUGCUGGACAGAUGUUCAGAUUCUAGCCUCUUCAUGCCAUAUCCCUCAGCCAGCAGCUGAGCCACAGUGAGGUUAGAGCCAUCACCAUUUCUCCCAGGAUUGGUUCCUUGGGCAUCACACCUCACAGAAAUCUAGAUAAUUUCUGGUGAUUCAGAUUCUUGUGUUUUAAUGAAUUUUGUAGUAUGAUCUUGAUUGAGAGGCUUUUCCAAAUAAAGUUGGGUUAUCCCAGGUUGAUCUUG